AUGACUCCAAAUUUACAAACUUUCAUAAAUAGCUUCCAAAAUCGUCUGGAACCACCCGUACGUCAACAUCUCAAAAAUGUUUAUGGGACACUUAUGAUGACCUGUGGAGCAGCUUCAGCUGGAGUGUAUGUUGAUAUGUACACAAGGUUCCAGGCAGGAUUGCUGUCAACAAUUGUUGGUGCAGGUCUUAUGUUAAUGCUGAUUGCUACACCUGAUAAUGGAAAAAACACUAAAUUGAGACUUGGAUAUCUCCUAGGAUUUGGUCUAACUUCAGGAAUGGGUAUGGGUCCUUUGUUGGAAUAUGUGAGCUUUGUUGAUCCAUCCAUAAUUGUCACAGCUCUAUUGGGUACCACAUUAGUAUUUGUGUGUUUCUCUAUUGCUGCCAUGUUGGCUGAAAGAGGAAGUUGGCUGUUUUUGGGUGGCACUCUUAUGACCUUGCUCACUUCCAUGUCUCUGAUGACUUUGGUUAACAUCUUCAUGCAGUCUCACUUGCUUUAUCAAGCUCAUUUGUACCUGGGACUGAUGCUCAUGUGUGGAUUUGUUCUGUUCGACACUCAACUAAUCAUUGAGAAACGUAGAAUGGGCAAUAAAGACUUUGUGCAACAUGCCCUGGAACUAUUUAUUGAUUUCAUUGGAAUGUUGAGGAGACUUCUUAUUAUCUUAACACAAAAGGAGGAACAAAAUCGCCGCCGCAAACGUGAA